AUCAGUUUUAAGUAGCACAUACUCAUCCGGGUUUUUGCAAGCUACUUUGUUCGGCCUGCCUAGGGGCGAUGGAAAGAGCAAGAGGGAAGAGCCUGAGGCGGCGUUAACGUGCUUCUUAUCUAUUGUUAAAAAAGAAAAAGGCAGCUUGAUCCUGCACCCCCGCAAGGUCGUUAAGAUAAGACCUGGAUGCUAGCCCUUCUUUGCAUGUUGGGUGGGGCCUGAAUCUCUCCCUCGGCCCAUAGACUUCGCUUUCCCCGAGAGCUCGUUCCCCGAGGGUGAACGUUCGGAAAGAAACAGAGAAAGCAGUGAUUCCAGUGAUGGUUUUCAGCCUGCUGUGUAAUUAAAGAUACAAGUAUUUCAGAAGAAAACACUUUUGGAGAAUGGAAGAAAUUCUUACGGAUUCAGCAGCCACAAAAGAUAAGAUGGCUGUGCAUCCCAAUGACACAGAAAAGCCAAAAUCUUGCAGGGAGAAGUUUCUUCAAGCAUGGAAUGAAAAGCUGAAACUCCAGCCAUGUCCCAUAUUGUAUUCUCAAACAGUAGCAUCUCAGUCGGCAGUUGAUAUUUCUGUCCAGGAAAAGCAGACAAGGAACAACAAGGCCCUGUCAGAUUUACAAACAAGGGCCUCAUUGCACCACAAUGAAAACGCCGUUUACUUUGUGAAAGUAAUGUCUCUUCCUCCAGAGCAAAUGCAUCCAACUGGGGCUGUAUGUGUAGGUGAACACUGGUCACCGCAAGAUGCUGUGGCAUCUCAGCAUAGCAACUGUGAUGUUACAGACAAGAAUGUGCCAAGUGGAUCCAUGACAAGUGUUGAAGAGGAACUCCUACAGUUUUGUGUUUCUGAUUUACUGAUGGAGUCUCCAGCACGGAAGAGGCCUAGAUUGCUGCCACCUCACCGAAAGAUGCAUGUGGAGGUGUGGAAGAAAGAGGCAUCACCGCCAUUGCAGAAACAUGCAAGAAAUCCAGUCCCACUGGCAUACAAUCACCUGGUAGAUACCAUGUCAAUGACCAAUCUUGCUGACCUCCCUGAAGUGGAAUCUUUUUAUCGCAGAUUUAAUCCUAAAUUAAAACAAAGUUGUGAUAGGAAGAACAGUCCAAUCCAGUCAGGUGCUGAGGGCUUUUUUCUUGCCAGGAACACAGAUGUUUCUACCUCCCAAGAGGCUGGUGGAAAAACUGCCAAGCAACAUCAGCAACUGAGCUUGAACAGAAGUUCUCCCUUACCUAAUCUUAUGGUGGCAAACAUAGAAUCUAUGAAUUUCUCUCAAAAUAUCCAUCUGCCACCAAAGAAACGAUACUGUCAUGGCUGCCUCUAAAAGAUUUGCCAUUAAGUUGGCUGCAUGCUAUACUAGAUGUG